ACUUACUUUUUCUAAUCUAGAUUAAUAAAGAAAUGCAUAAGACAUCACUGAUUAAAUGGCAUAUAAUGCACCCAGAUAUCAUUCUCUCUCUUUCUCUCUCUAUUGGCAAGACAAAAAAUAGAACGUACUGCCAUAGCAUUUGCAAGUGUAACAAAGAAUAAAACACAGUACAACUCUCUCUCUCUCUCUCUCUCUCUCUAACAUUCAUUCCAGCUCAUCUCUGUGAAAGUCCUGGGCUCCUCAACCGGGACAUGUCCCACAUCUUUGACGCGGUCCCUGUUGUCUAGAGAAUAGGAGACAUCAUUGUCCUCCCCUCCACCCCACAGAGUGAAACACAUUCAGGGUGAUGGGAAGGAUGGGCUGUUUGUCUUGAUUCUUCACAGUUUAUUAUGUAGAACUGAACAGUCAACAGGCUCAUUAAAGAUCUAUAAAUGACGACUGGGCAGCUCGAUGUAAAAGAUACUUUUUCAGCCUCAAUGCCAAUUCUGUCAUUGGCUCAAAUCCCAGUUAGGGUGAAUUAGGGUAAAAUGGGACACAAUUUUAAACAUGAAUUUUAUUAACAAAAAGUGUCACCAUACUUCUAUACAAGUUAGGUCUUAUGGCUCAAAACGAUGCUUUGCAUGAAAAACAUUAAAAUAUUGCAUGUCAAGGUUUGUCAACGCUAUUAAAUGUCUGGUGACCAAUCAUUAUGACCAGACAAUACUUUGGAAUGACAUCAGGGUGAGUAACUGAUGACAGAAUGAUUAUAAUUGUGUUAUAACUGUGUGGGCAAAUCUCCCCUUUGUUUAAUGCACUUGACUCUGUUUGAAUUCCCCAAAAGACAUUAAACACAUGCUCACAAUCUUUCCAUCUUAUUCACAUUCAUGCAAUUGACAGGCUCUCUUAUCCAAAGCUGCAUCAGUUUAUGCAUUUUAUUUGUGACCAGUAUGCGUGUACCCAUAACCUUCUAACGCGAUGCUCGACCAGUCGAGUUACAGGAACACAUGUCAUUUGGUUCUUCAUACAGAAGAAAUGACGACAACAACAGAAGUGGAGCAUUAUGCUGGGCGCAUUAAAAUUAUACUGUUAUGUCCCCCCGCCUCCAGUGCUACUGUAGUCUUAUUUCAGAUGAGCUUGUGGGUCGUUACCAUAGUGGCGACUGACUCGGUGCGCGUUCACGUGGCGUUUACUUUCACAAUCACUGCAAUGAACAACGAGCCGUUUCAUUGUGUCGUCAAACGGGCCGAACUUAUGACGCACAGAAUGUGACAUUUUGCGCGACGAUACGAAGAAAAAGCGGAGCGUCACCUGCGCGUUUGGAUAUACCGCGCCCGGCGAUGCGCGGCCGAUGUGCAGAAGCGCGCAACUCCACCGCGCUCUAUCUAGGUUUGGGAAUCCGGAUUAAGAGGUCAUCGUCUGAUCAAAAUCGCCCUCCUUCGUUCGGGCACAUCUGACGUGUUCCCGGGGGGUUUUCCGUUGCGGUUCGGACCCUGUGGCACUGACGCGUCGGUCACAAACGCGGACACACGCUCUCUGUCUCUCAAUGCUGCUAUGACUUCGUGCACGCGUCGAUCCCGCGAUCUGAUUCCUCCUGGCGUCUCCGUGCUCAUCUCCGCGCUGCUCGUGCUCGUCAGUUGUGAUCCGGCGGAUAACCACUGCUCGUCUGCCCUCAUCUCCACAUGUGAAGAUUGUCUGAGACUCGGCCCUGAAUGCGCCUGGUGCUCUCAAGAGAGGUUCCUAAGCCAGAGAUGCGGAUCUGUCGCUGACCUGCGGCUCACGGGUUGUCAAGAGGAGUUUAUGGAGAACCCGGAUGUUAAAGUUGAGGUGAACGCCACGCUCGACAGCUCACAGGUGACGCCCAGAGAGAUUACCAUCCACCUGAGACCAGGGAGCGAUGCGAGCUUUGUGGUGGAGGUACGACAGUUGGAGCGCUAUCCUGUAGAUCUGUAUUAUCUGGUGGACGUGUCUGCAUCCAUGCAGGAGAACUUGGAUCGGCUGAAGACCGUGGGUCUGGCUCUGUCUCAUCAGAUGAAGGAACAUUCCAGUGAUUUCCGGGUUGGAUUUGGGUCUUUUGUAGAUAAACCAGUGUCUCCGUACAUCGACGUUCACCCCACUAAACUCGUGAAUCCUUGCAGUGACUAUGAGGUCCACUGCAGGCCCGCGCAUGGUUUUAUUCACGUUCUGCCCGUCACGAAGAACAUGACGGAGUUCACGCGUGUUAUCCAGGAGCAGAGGAUCUCGGGAAACAUGGACACGCCGGAGGGCGGAUUUGACGCCAUGCUGCAGGCCACCGUUUGUAAGAAGGACAUCGGAUGGAGACCGGAAGCCAAACAUCUGUUACUGGUUAUGACCGAUCAACCCUCUCAUUUGGCUCUGGACAGUAAACUGGCCGGUAUCGUUGUUCCUCAUGACGGCCGCUGCCACCUACAGGAUAACAUCUACUCUCAGACAUCGACUAUGGAACAUCCAUCCAUCGGUCAGCUGGCAGAGAAACUUCUGGAGAACAGCGUUUACUCUAUAUUCGCUGUGGAUCAGUUGCAAUAUCGGUGGUAUGAGGAUCUGAUGAACUUGAUUCCAGGCAGUUACGUGGGUCGGCUGUUUCCCAAAGCAUCUAAUCUUAAGGAUUUAGUGGUGCAUGCCUACAAGAAGCUGCUGUCGGAUGUGGAGCUGCAGGUCGGGGUGGAGGGCGGCCAAGCUCACAGGUUCCGGGUGAACGUGACGGCCUUUUGCCCCAAUGGAUCAUCUGUUUUCGAGAACACUAAAUGUUCCAGCGUUCAGCCCAAACAAACAGUCUUCUUUAAUGUCACGGUUGGAAUGGUCUCCUGCCCAGCGCCAGAGGGGGGUGCCGAUCAGGAGGUGGUGAUUUCCGUCAGGCCGGUGGGAUUGAACGAGUCUGUUACCGUUCGAGUCCGACAGGUCUGUGGGUGUGGCUGCACAGAGGCGGGUCGUUGUCAUGACGACUCAAAUUCUACAGCUUGCUCUGAAGAUAUGGGGAAAGGGAUGGAUGUCUGUAGAGAGGACGGGACGAAACCUGUGUGCAGCGGGAGAGGAACCUGUCGAUGUGGCACGUGUGUAUGUGAUUCCAGCAGACUGGGAAACAUUUACGGGAAGUUUUGCGAGAUGGACGAUUUCUCCUGCCCGUAUGAGAGAGGUCUGGUGUGUGGAGGACGCGGGCAGUGCGUUUCAGGUGAAUGCGUGUGUCAGCCCGGUUUCACGGGCAAGACCUGCGACUGUCCCGUCUCCACGGAAACCUGCGUGUCAGAUGACGGAUCGAUAUGUGGCGGUCUGGGAAAGUGUGUGUGUGGCAGGUGUGUGUGUGAUGACCCCCGGCGCUCCGGGACGUUCUGCGAGAAGUGUCACACCUGCUACAGCUCCUGUCUGUCUCACUGGGGCUGCGUGGGCUGUCAUCUGUCAAACAGACUCGGACCUCAUGGUUUCCACCUUUGUAAUCACAGCUGCACCCCAUUGGUGGACUAUGUUGAUGACAUCACAGAGCUGGUGAGAGGGAGUUACUGCCUGUAUCUCGCCCCUGAGAAAUGUCAUUACCGCUUUCUCGUGGACGUGACGACAGACGGACCUCAGCUGCACAUUAGCCGACAUCCCGUGUGUGUUUGGGGUCAGAGAUCAGUUAAGACGUUCCUCAGCACUUUCCUCCUGACGUUGAUGUUGGGUAUCGGUCUGCUGGCUGUAGUCAGUCAUUUACUGAGAACAAGAAACUGCGCAUGGCAGAAAAACCCCAACCAGCAGUCUGAUUGUAAGGAUUCUGCUUAUGGUCCUACGACCAAUGAGAAGACGAUAACGUACAGGAGGGACCGCCUCCCGAACCAGCCGGUAGAAAUCCACUCACACAUAUCCAAGAAGGCGCUAACUAAUGCGUGGCAAUGACAGGGUCAAAGGUCACGCCAGAAACCAAUCACAAUCCAUCUCUCUAUUUACAAAGCACUUAGAUGAAGCAAUAACUUUUUGCUAGGGAUGUAAUUUAUGAUGUUAAAUGGCAUUAAAUAUUUCAUCAUUCUCUGAUGGCACACAGGGUGAGAAGGUGAAGUGCAAGCUAAACGGUACAAAAACCCACAAAUUAAACUUUUAGACCCAUUCAAUUGAAUAUAUCGGCCAGUGACCUGUGGGGUUCUCCUUGCAUAUUAUAUUUUUUGAUGAUCUUUUCAGAGGUACAGUGUUUUAGAUUUUGUGAAUAAUUGUGAGAAUGUUGUUUCUUUAAUUUUAUUCGGCAAAACACUACAGAAUCUGGAUAUGCUAAGUAUGAAGCCGUACUAUACUACAGCAGUAUGUCUGCAGCAAAUGUUCUGUUGUUGCUUCUAGAUUUGACCAAAUGUGAGGGUACAAGCAGAGUACACUGUGUGAGAUACUGUAUCCCACAAUGCAGUGCGCUCGACAUCCAUUCACAGUUAGUUCGCCUCUUUUUUUUUCACGUUUUUCACAACCAGAGGCUGUGCAGUAUUUUUCAUUUAGGAAAUUUUACUGUGACUGACGACAGCGAUUGAAAUGUUGACUGUUUCAAGGUGCCGGAUACAUCAGUGUGUCUGAAGCGGUCGCAUGUGGCAUCUACCUAUACUUAUUUCUGGCUUGUCAAAAUGAGGUCGUGUGACAAUACUACUGCAAUUGCAAUUAGCAUCGCUAAUAUACCGUUUGACACGUUUAUUGUGGCAUACAGCACACUGUUUUAGUUUUCUAAAGCCUGUAUAAACUGCACAGCGUGCUUACAUUCCAUUCUGAACAUAACCAGUGGGGAAAAUCCCUGACCUGCUGUCUGGGGUUAGUCUUCCAUCUAGUGUUCAACACAUAUAUAACGUUCCUAACAGCUCUCCGUGUAGCGGUUGAUCUGGAUUCUUAUGUGGCAUCUUGAUUCUGAAAGUGCCAAUCAGGUUCCUUGAAUAUUUAAGCAAAAUACAGAAUAAUUCUGCACUUUUUUUAACAGGUCUGGUUGUUCUGCAUGUAUACAUGAUUCCCUGGAUAAACUGGAAAUUUAGGGAGGUUUCUUCUCCCAGGACUACUUUACUGUAUAUUUAGGUUUGUGUAAUGAUUGUGAAUGAUUUGUUCUGCUGGUCAGUAUUUAUGUCUGUUGUCAUGUACUACUGAGGCUCAUUUUUGGGUACAUAGUCUGUGGUCAUUACUGCAGCAUUCCUCUGGCUCUAAUACAUUCAGUUUUAAUACAACGUUUACAUCAGAUAACACUAAACAAAUAUUUAUUAUUAGGGGUUUUUUUUGUCAUAAAUGCUUUUUAUUUUUUACUACAGUGAACAUGCUUGUAAAACAGUACAAUUUGAGCAUGUGUUGUAAAAUGUACAUUUGUCACUGGUUUGUAGUUUGUGUUUAUGAAUGUUUUCGCGGAAGUCAAGCGCAAUCUUAAUGUCUUCAUGCCAGCCACUUUCUGUUACGCACUGGGGUCUGAUUUCAGUCAAAAAGAUCAGUUUCAAUAGUUUCAAUUAAAAACACCAUCAUGAUUUUGUUUCUGUGGAAUUUUUAGAAGUCUCAUGAAUAACAUUUAGCUUGGGAGUUUAUUAUUAAUAUAUAGUGCAACUAUAUAGCCAUGUAAAUCAAGUUAGACAAAUUUGAAACUAGCCUUUUUUAAUUGUGUUAAAUCUUAAAUUCAAUAUAUAGUAAAACGUACACAGGUUAUUAUUGGCCAGAAUUUCAGAAUUCUGUUGUUUUAUUUUCUGUUGUCAACUGUUCUUGUAGAUCAUUUCGUAGAGCACUGCAUUAGCACAUUUUAAUAAAGUCAUUCUAAUGCACUGUAGGCGUAAGUCACUUUGGAUAAAAGCGUCUGCCAAAUUCAUAAAUGUAAAUGUUCUUCUAGAUUAAAAUCAGUCAUCAGUAGGAAGUUUGUGAUGUAUACAUUUAAUUUUGUUAUUUUAAAAUGUUCAUUUGUAUACUUUUAUGUCUGAAGCAGGUCAAAGAGAGGCUCCUGUUUUUGAGCUGCACUUCCUGUAAUGACCGCUAAAUGGCGCCAAAUACUCGCACUGAGUUUUAAUGCCGCUCACACUUCGCAUCUCGUAUUUUUAUAAAUAUAAUAAUUGUA